UAUUGGGUGCAAGUAUUUUUAAUGAGCCUAAUGCAGAAUUUCCUAUUGCAUUUUGCAGUAUCUGGCUGUACGUGGAGUUACUUUUACAUCUCCAAAUUGUAUAUAGCAUUUACCAUAGCAGAUCUAAACCAAUAAACUGUCACUUUGACACAAAUUAUUAAGGCUAAUGAACUAGAAGAUUAUAGUUACAGUACUAAUCUGCCUUAUUUUAUGUAGUUACAAUUAAAACUCUUUAUAGCACUUUGUUUCACGCAGUACAUUUAAAAAACAUCUUGUAGAAAUAUUUUAAUAUAAACUGAACUGCUUUAGAAUGAUCAGGCCGUUAAAUUCUGGGGGUCUAUUUUAUCUUUCCAGGUGUACAGAGAAACCAAAAGAAUAUUCCUGCUUAAAACUACUAACAAAAGCCUGAAACUGAAAUUCAGUGUUGUAGAUGGCAGUUCUCUGGUGCCUGAUUUAAUGUAUUUUUCAGUAUGCACAGCUUUGUGAGAGCUCUUGAUGCGAGCAAGGUGAUGCAAUAGUCUUGUGUUGACACACAGAUUGCGCGGUUUUAAACGUGAAGUCAACAAGAAAACUGGAGUGAUGGAGGGAAAAAUGAGACAUUGGGCCUUGUGGCUGCCUCCGUUGCAGGAAAAAAAAAUAAACCCGACAACAGCCUUCCACGGCAGUUGCUCGGAGUUUGGGCCCUGUUAACGCUUCAGAGGGGCUCGGCGGGAGCAGUAACGCAGCAGCGGUAGGAUCGAACCCCGCGUCCGCCCCUCUUCCGCGGCGGCGGCGGCGGACAGUGAGGCCCGGCCCCGAGCGCCGCUCCCGCCGCCUGAGGUAACGCGGGGCCCAAUGGCGGCGGGGAGCGGCCGUGGGGAGCGUUUGGCGCUGGGGCCGGAGCUUUCCCCGGUGGAGGCUCGCCUGGACCAUCGUGAGCUGACGGCGCAGGUCCAAUUUAAAACUCUGAGAGGACACAGUGAUACUGUGAGCUCCUGCCAUUUUUGCUUUGAAGACACAAACAUACUUUCAUGCUCUCACGAUAGAACAAUGAAGCUCUGGGAUGUUGAGAAAGGUUUUCCUAUUCAAGUUUUUGAAGAAGAACACACCGCCCCAAUUUCUGAGUGCAACUUGACUCCUGAUGACAGAAGAGUGGUAACAUCAUCAUAUGAUAACACUGUCAAGGCUUGGGAUAUGGAAACAGGAAAAAGGCUUUGGACAGUAGAACAUGAAGGCAUUGUAACUUCAUGUAAUAUUUCUUGUGAUGGUAGAUAUGUGGUAUCUAGUUCAGACAGAGAAAAUGACAUAUAUGUUUUUGAUGCAAUGAGUGCAACAGUAGUGGCACGUAUCCAAGGUCAUCACAAAAGUACAAUCACAAGAUGUUGUUUUGACCCUGAUAACCGAAGAGUGACUUCAGUAUCAUAUGAUAAGACUAUAAAGCUAUGGGAUAUGAUAACACGAUCCACUUCAAUUACAAUUAAUGAGGGACACAGCAAUGCUAUCUCAGAUUGCUGCUUUACCUCUGAUGGUCAUUACUUAUGCACAGCAUCCUGGGACAAAAGCUUAAAAAUAUGGGACAUAAAGACAGGAGAAUUCCAGUGUCAUGAACCCGUUUCCUUGAACCAAGGGCAUGAGGGUUCUGUUAGUUCCUGCCUUUUUAGCCAAGAUGCAUCACUUGUUGUGUCUGGCGGAUAUGACAAAACUAUAGCUAUAUGGGAUACAGAGGCAUGCUAUAAAAAGCUAAGCUUAAAGGGUCAUUGGGACUGGGUGACAGAUGUUGAAAUUAGCAAAAACAAUAAAUGGAUUCUUUCAGCCUCAAAGGAUUCUACUUUGAGAUUGUGGAAUAUUGAAAAGAUGGAUCAUAUUGCUUCAGUGAUAGAAAGCAGAAAAGCAAGUGGCUCAAAAAUUGCUCAGUGUGAAGAAUGUGAAAAACCUUUCUUAUGCCUGCAACAUAGUGACUCUGAAAUGAUGUCCAAGUGUGUAUUCUGUCGUCUGUCUUCUCCAGUGAGAAAAAGUUUGCCAUUCCCACCUUCUGUUUCUCCCAAUUUUUAAAUUAAUCUAGAGUCUGGGGACGUUAACACAUUUAAGUAUAAAUGGCGGUCUGUACAUCUUUAUGUAAUACAUAUAUAAAGCUAGGACUUUCCUCUAACCUUGCUCUACCAUAGUACUCUGUAUGAAGAAUAAUAAAAUACAUUGUACUAAUCCAUUAAAUAGCUGUGAUGUAUCAGGUAAAGAAUAAAAUCCCCACGAGUAGAAAUCUUAUUUGGGCUGCAUGGUAGUAGAGAAUAAACCGACUUGUCCUUUGGGAAAUGUUAAGCAAUUUUAAAUGAAUACACUUGUACCAAGUUUAAAUUUACUAAAGAAAAUAUAUGGAUAUGUAAAUUAUUGAUAGAUUUCCUUCUGUUCUUUAGAUAAGCCACUCUUCUUUAGUAUGGCAAACAAAGAAUCUUUGCAGUCGGUGGACAUCAGAAAGAGUUUUGUGACUAAAACCAUGAAUAAGACUAUGAACUUUUUUCCAACUUGUUGCCAUACCGCUUACAAAAAUUUUGUAAAGGGGCUUUCAGGCAUUGAGAGUAAGUUGUGGUUUGUGUCUGACAUGAUGCAGCACAAAUUAGUUCUGUGCAAUAAAGGCUCCCUCCAACAAGGAGCGUGGUAUUAUUUCUACCCUUAGGAGCAACAC